AUGCACCUUUCAAAAUUGCCCGACCAGUCGGAAGCCGAAAGCCUAGUCCUGCGUUUUCAAACGCUUCAGCGAAACUGCAGGCUCUUUGAGAGCGCCAGCGCAAUCUCUACCGCACCCGACAAAUUUGGCUUAGAAAUUAUGGAUGGGCGUCUCGUGCUUUUCUACAAUCUCGGUCUCGAGACAUGGGUAAGAAAGAAGGCUCGUUUUUCUUUCUUCUUGCUCCAUUCCUGUCGAGACUUCCCCACUUCCAUCAUCAACCCGAAUGUUUCUUUCAUCACAGCCGACCCUCCCUCCCUUCUUCCCCCUCCCCCCGGUUGGGGCCUUUGA